AAUCGAAGUAUGAAAUAAUAAAGCUCUCUCCUUUCCCUUUGUCUUACUUCCGUUUGAACUCGUCGCUUCACGCCGCCCUCUCAACCUGCAACAACAAGCGAGGAGCGUAGAAUUUAAUGCGGAGGAGGUUAUUAGGAAAUCUGCUAGUUAAGAAGCCAAUUAGAAAGUGAAGUAUUUAAGUAUCUUUUGUACGUUAUUUUGGAGAGCAGAGCACGAGAAUUUUGUACUGAUGACGAGGGUUGCUGGUGAAUUUGGGGAUCCAAAGCAGAAGGAAGCUAUGAAAAUGGUUUCAUCCGAUGUGAAUUUUGUUUUUAGCCAAGCCUACGACAUUGGAGACAACAGCAUUACUCUAGAGCAGGAAAGUACUGAAAUGCCUUCUCUGAAGGAGAUUGUUGCAAAGGAGACAUCAGAAUUGCUGGAGCAGAAAAAACGACUCUCAGUGAGGGACCUCACCAAAAGAUUUGAACAGGGGUUGUCCGAAGCUUCUAAGUUGUCAAAUGAGGCAAAAUGGAGAGAAGUGGCUUCAUUGGAUAGGCAUGUUCUUCUAAAGAAACUUAGGGAUGUUUUGGAUUCACUUAGAGGCCGUGUGGCAGGUCGAAACAAGGAUGAUGCUGAUGAAGCCAUCUCAAUGGUGGAAGUUCUGGCUGUACAGUUGACUCAAAGAGAAGGGGAGUUGAUUCAAGAGAAAGCUGAAUUGAAAAGGCUAGCUACCUUCCUUAGGCAGACCACAGAAGAUGCCAAACGAGCGGUUGAAGAAGAAAGGGCUCUAGCUCAUGCUGAAAUUGAAAAUGCCCUAGAUGCAGUGCAGAGGGUUGAAAAGGCCUUUCAGGAUCAGAAAUUGAUCACCAGUAGUUCAAACAAGCACCUUCAUGAGUUGGAAGAGUUGAGGAAGGAAGUACAAGAGGCUAGACGAAUCAAAAUGUUGCAUCAACCGAGCAGAGUUAUGGACAUGGAGCACGAGCUUCAAGCUUUAAGGGCCCAACUCACAGAGAAGUCUAUGAACUGUAUUCAGCUAAAAAGAGAGUUGGCAAAGGUUAAAAGGGUUGAAGAGAACAUAUCAGACACGUAUCAGCUAGAAGGUUCAGAAAGUUUGGGAUCAUGCCUGUGUAUUGUACCUCAAGUAGAUUCUGCUCCGAGUAUCUCAAAUUACCAUAUUCAGUGGUACCGUAUGUUACCAGGAGGAAACAAGGAAUUAAUCUUUGGAGCAACCAAACCAGUGUAUGCACCAGAGCCUUAUGAUGUUGGGAGAUUGUUGCAAGCAGAGAUUAUUUUGGAUGACCAGAAGAUGACAGUGACAACAACUGGUCCCAUAGAUCCUGCUGCAGGUCUGGGGGAUCAUGUGGAGAAUCUUUUAAGAAAGCCUGACACAGAAUUUAAUGUAGUUAUCAUGCAAAUGAACGGACGUGAUUAUCACACAAAAUCUGCUCAUGUGUUUCUUGUGGGGAAGAUGAAAAUUAAACUCCGUAAAGGAAAGUCUACCAUGGCUAAAGAAUCAUAUUCUUCUUCAAUGCUGCUCUGUGGCGUUAGAGGUGGAGGUAAUGCUGCUGCUCGAUCGCUUCUCUGGCAAGUUCGAAAAGGACUUACUUUCACAUUAGCAUUUGAAUUUGAGAGAGAAAGGAAUGCUGCCAUCAUGCUUGCCCGAAGAUUUGCGUUUGACUGCAAUAUCGUGCUUGCUGGACCAGACGAUAGGUCUUCGCGAGGAACAUGAUCGUGUUCCGUUCCACACUAAUGUAACCGGGUUGAGGUUUUUUCUAAGUGUUUCUUGUUUACUGAUAGUUGCUGUAGUACUUUGCGGCAUUUAUCAUCAUUUUUUCUUCUUUUUAUAUAUUUGUUAAAUCGUUGAGGCUGCUUUGAUAGAUAGAUCCAUGUACAUGUUCGGUUUUCCUUUUAUUUUUGAUGGGGUGUUUUUGUCUCUACUUUUGUUGAUAAAUCUCGUUUGUAUCAAACUUUAUAUUUUUGGUGUGCAAGUUUUAUUUUCCUUUA